CCCAUUCAUGCAUAUCUAUAUGUACAUACUUUUUGGUUAUUUGAUUGCUUGUGGGUGUGUGCGUGUCACUGUCUGCGCGAAUAUUACGGCUGGGGGCCUCAGGGGGGGAAACCACAGCGACUGUGACUUGUUCCAUGUUCACCAUCCAGGGUUCUAUCAUCGCCCUCCACUGGCCUCUACCAUCUUCAGUUACUUCCAACAACCUAUGCUAAAAGGAACAAUUGAAUCCCAGAAGAGUUUCCUUUACCACUCGUGCUUCGAUUUAAAGCAGUCGCGUAGUCAGCCAUAGAUGCUGGCGCCUCCCUGUUCAAGUCCAAGUCCAGGGCCAAGCGAGAGAGUGGGCCGAGGAAGGUCAAACCCGAGGAAGGGGGCCCGUCCCUAAUAAAGCUGGUUUGGGGAUCAGUCUGGGUAUGGUAUGCCAUUCCCUUAUCCUUCAAAUGAACAUCAAAAGAUCACUUCUUUAAGAGGUUGGUAAGUGCAAUAGCGACAAUAUGGGAGAUGCGAGAUGCGAGAUGGCGAGGGAAAUAUAUAAAAAGAUUGUUGGGGGAGGCCUUGGAAAAUGGUCAAUCAUGUUUCGUUGACUUUGGACUCUGGUGGCUGAUGGGGACACGGACACGGACACCAGCCUCCAUUUCCACCGCCAUCCCCAUCCCCAUCCCCAUCUCCAUCUCCCGUUCGAUGCGAAAGCAACAAGCGUGUGUUUGGGUUGGUCAACAGCCACUGCCAAUGCCGCUCCACAUGAAAAUCAAUAUCACCUCCGGUCUAUUUUUAAAUGCAAUGGAGCUAAGGACACAUACUCACCUACACCCCUGCUCAUGCGACAGGGAGUGUGAGGGGUUUUUUAAAGCACAUCCCUGGGGAUGUGUGGGACAGCCAGAGAUAGAGAUAGAGAGAGAGAGAGAGAGAGAGAAUGCCCGGGCUAGUGCAUCCUGCAGUUCGCCAGAGCCUGAAAGCUUCUCCUUUCUCGACGCAACAGACUGCAGAGAGCGCUGCUUGCAACCGGGCAGUGCCAUGGCCAUGUCCUACACCCACCUCUCCCUCUCCCUCUCUCUCUCUCUCUCUCUCUCUCUCUCACACUCUCUCUUUUCAUUCCAUGUGUGUGGGCGCUCUCUCGGGAGCUGCUACUGCUGCUGCUGCUGCUGCUGUUUUGCCUGUUGAAUGCCCGAGUCAGCUUUCAGUCCGAUAAACAUCCUAGCGCCGAGCAGAAGCAAUCAGAGGAAGCACCCGCCACCUGCAGAGUCCGUCGAAGGAUUUGUUUUUUUUUGUUGUUGUUGUUGUUGUUGUUUUAGUGCUUGCUAGUCUGCUGUUGCGCCGCAAUGGGCAACCAGCUGAGUAUGAAUAGCAUCCAGGAUGCGGUCAUGGAUCGCCUCAGGUCGGUGGCCCUAACCACCGACGAGAACGGAGCGAUGCGCAUCCGUUCCUUUUCCGAGGGCGGCGUGGGAGGCACCGCGGGCCACCAUCACCAUCAGCACUGCAGUGGACGCGGUGGGCGCAUACUGCGCGAGAGCAGCAUCGAUGGGGGCGUUGCUGUCUUCGACGCCCUGCUGCGCGACGAGCACGAGCAUCGGCUCAGCCUGGACGCGAUGCAUCGGGUGCGUCAUGUGCGCACCUCGUGCACGACGAUUCCCGAGGAGGAAAUCCCGCACGAGGAUUUACAUCCACUCCAUCCUUCUACGGCCCAAGCCCCCUCCUCGCAGGAAGUGGCAUUAAAUGAGAGCUAAGUCGCUGGCUCUAGCCGGCUGAGGAGAGCUUUGGGCCUGGUGGCAACAGCAUGCUUCUACCUGGAUAAAAACCGACAAGAAGAGAGUUAAAUCAAUGUCUAAAAUAUAGUUUUUGAAUAAACAUACUUAUAUGUGUUUACAAAG